AUGAAAAACGCAAAGAAAGUCGCUAUCAACAACUUGGCUCUGAUACGUUACAAAUGGGUGAUACUCGUGGUGAUUAUGUGCCUCGCAUUCUGUAAUAUAGUCGACGCGCUUGAAGAGGCAACGCCAAACGAGAAAGAUGUAAAUGUCACUGAUGAAGAAGAUACGUCGUCAAACGACUAUUAUUUUGACGAGCCUGUUCAAGAAAUGUUUAUUGAAGAUGUAGAAGAGCAGAUAAAUAUAAAUUAUUGCGGUUCUCCCACAUGUCGGUUUUUAUUUCCGGUUUUCGUAGAGGAACAAGAAUCUAGAACACAACAGCACAUAAAACGUUUACUACUGAUGGCACAAAAAACCAAUCGAGUAUUAGUCUUACCUAAUGUCGAGGAUGCACGAUUAGGUGCAUGCAAAUCCUUUUCAUUCGAUUUUUAUUACUCCAUGGACGAGACUGAAAACUUUCCAGACACCACGGUCAUUACACAAAGCCAAUUUCUGUUGUGGAACCAGGAUAUGAGAGAAGUAAAUGCAAAGAUACCUACUGCAAAAGUUGUCUUGGUAAACAGUUGUUACAAGAUUAAAGAAGAGAAAAUGGUGUCGAAGCGAUUAAAUCUCGAAACGUACAAGGACCACAACUGCAUGCAACCGUUCGACUAUUUGGAUUACCAAGACGAAAAUGAGAACAUUAAGGCGCUCAACAUACUGACGAGAAAAACGUCCAAGGACCGAGUUGCAAUCGCACGUUUUGUUAUCGAUGGUCUUCAAUCGGUUCAAUCAGAUGUCCUAUUAAUGCAUUAUAGUUUUCCCAGACUUAAUAUUCCACAAGUUGUUGAGCAGGCAGAGAAUGCUGCACCAUCACGCUCAUACAUGGCUCGUUGGCAGAUGGAACCGGCAAAGGCGGGCAAUCUAGUCGAUUGCGCGUUAAUCUAA